AUGUCAAAGACUCCAUACAGGCACGGUGUACGGAAGCACUACUCUGUACCCGAGGGUGAGCAAGCCGACGCGACCAAUGGUAGGGCCUCAAGCCUCCCGGUGAUAGUCGAUAUCAUCGUCGUUGCGCAAGAUUUGAUCUCGCCAACCGCGUCUUCCCGCCCUGGAACGCUCCGCAUCCGCCAUCAUGUGUCGAGAACUGGUCGAUUGGCCCGGGCCCGGUGA